AUAUAUAAGAACUUGAACCCGGUCUGGGAUGAGAUCGUUGUCUUGCCAAUACAGAGCCUUGAUCAGAAGCUCCGUGUGAAGGUAUAUGAUCGCGAUUUAACUACAUCUGAUUUCAUGGGCUCUGCGUUUGUCGUCCUCAGCGAACUUGAGCUGAACAGAACGACUGAACAUAUUUUAAAAUUGGAAGACCCGAACAGUUUAGAAGACGACAUGGGAGUAAUUGUGUUAAACCUGAACCUCGUCGUGAAACAGGGUGACUUUAAGCGACACCGCUGGUCGAAUCGCAAGCGGAUAAGCGGAGGCAAGUCCUCGCUGAUCCGCAGCCUCCGGCUCUCGGAGGCCUUGAGGAAGAACCAGCUCUGGAACGGGAUCGUCAGCAUCGCGUUGCUGGAGGGAAAGAACGUCUCGGUGGGAAACAUGGCAGAGAUGUUCGUCCUGUUAAAACUAGGGGAUCAGAGGUACAAGAGCAAGACACUGUGUAAGAGUGCACAUCCGCAGUGGCGGGAAGAGUUUGACUUUCACUACUUCUCUGACAGGAUGGGCAUCUUGGACAUUGAGGUCUGGGGAAAGGACGGCAAAAAGCACAAGGAGCGACUGGGCACAUGUAAAGUGGACAUCGCCUCGCUCCCACUCAAGCAAGCCAACUGCUUGGAGCUGCCCCUGGACAGCUGCCUGGGGGCCCUCCUGGUGCUGAUCACGCUGACGCCCUGCGGGGGGGUCUCCAUGUCCGACCUGUGUGUGUGCCCCUUGGCGGACCCCAGCGAGAGGAAGCAGAUCAGCCAGCGCUAUUGUUUGCAGAACUCCCUGAAAGACAUGAAGGACAUCGGCAUUUUACAAGUGAAGGUUUUAAAGGCUGUGGACCUCUUAGCUGCUGAUUUCUCAGGGAAGAGCGACCCGUUCUGCUUGUUGGAGUUGGGCAACGACCGGCUGCAGACGCACACCAUCUACAAGACCCUCAACCCCGAGUGGAACAAAGUUUUCACGUUCCGUGUUAAAGACGUUCACGAUGCUUUGGAAGUGACAGUGUUUGAUGAGGACGGCGACAAACCCCCGGAUUUCCUUGGGAAAGUCUCCAUUCCCUUGCUGUCCAUUCGAGAUGGACAAACAAAUUGCUACGUAUUGAAGAAUAAAGAUUUAGAACAAGCUUUUAAAGGGGUCAUUUACUUGGAAAUGGAUCUCAUCUAUAACCCGGUCAAAGCCAGUAUCAGGACCUUUACGCCCAGGGAAAAGCGCUUUGCUGAAGACAGCCGCAAGCUGUCCAAAAAGAUCUUAUCCAGGGAUGUGGACCGCGUGAGAAGGAUCACCAUGGCGAUUUGGAACACGCUCCAGUUCCUGAAAAGCUGCUUCCAGUGGGAGUCCACGCUGAGGAGCUCCAUCGCGUUUGUGGUGUUCCUGGUCACGGUGUGGAAUUUUGAGCUGUACAUGAUUCCCCUGGCAUUGCUGCUGCUCUUUGCCUAUAAUUUCAUCGAACCCACAAAAGGGAAGGCAGGCAGCACCCACGACUCCCAGGAGAGCACAGAAGUCGAUGACGAGGAGGAUGAAGAUGACAAGGAAUCCGAGAAAAAGGGCAUCAUCGAAAGAAUCUACAUGGUACAGGACAUCGUUUCCACAGUCCAGAACAUCUUGGAGGAAGUAGCUUCCUUUGGAGAAAGAAUUAAAAACACGUUUAACUGGACGGUGCCCUUCCUUUCCUUCCUGGCCUGUGUGGUGCUGGCGGUCGCCACCGUCACGUUGUACUUCGUCCCACUUCGGUACCUCGUGUUGAUCUGGGGCAUCAAUAAAUUCACUAAGAAGUUCCGAAAUCCCUAUGCCAUUGACAAUAACGAGCUACUAGACUUCCUCUCCAGGGUACCGUCUGAUGUUCAAAAGGUGCAGUACGCGGAGCUGAGGCCCUGCAGCAGCCAGAGCCCCCUUCGCAAGAAGCGCAGUGGGCUCUAGGACUCACGCCGCCCGUGGCCGCCAGCACCCCGUUCUGGGUUUGGGCGAUGGGGCCCAGGGUAUGGCUCUCUCGGUGGCACCGCGGUCAGUGACGUUCGGACACACGUGUUGUGCGGUGCCCUGUCUGUCGUCUCCCCCCUUCUUCAAGCGCACAGAUGCACACAUGCACACGGGGACGUGCACAUGCGUGGAUGUCCUAGCGACACAGCCGGCCAGCCCAGCAGGAGGAGGCGAUCUGGAGACUGAAAGACUCACAUCCCUUCUCCUAGAGGAGAGAAAGCAAGGCUGCCGUGGGGCUGAACAGCCAGGAGACCCCUCGCAUUCGAGAGGGACUUUGAACUUGUGCUCACACCUCCAGCGGCCGGUUCCCAUGAGGAUUCCCUCAUUUUCGCUCCCACCCCCACACUCUUUUCCAUGAUGGUUCCUGUGAGUCCGUUGUUGUUGGUUUUUUCCCCUUUGAGCUAACAAGUCUUUGAUAGAUACCAUCUACCCAAGGAACGCACCUUAUCAACAGACUAGAGGCCCGAUGCAUGAAAUUUGUGCAAGAGUAGGCCUUCCCAGCUGUGGCAGCUGCCGCG